UCGAGGCGAUGGGGACAGUGUCCCUGCGGGCUGUUCCUGUGCCCUGGGCUGUGUCCUGGCGGUCCCAACACGUCGCUGGGCUCUGUAAUUGUCGCUUUCAAGCGGGCUCGAGUCUGCGCCGAGCUCGCUAAACGAGUCUUUCGCUCCCGAACGCGUCGGCUUCGCCCGUCAGAGGCCCUGCAAGGCGCACAGUAACGGAGUCCAGAGACCCGCGCAGGUCGAACCGCGAGAGGAGGAUCCUGCAGUUUGUAAAUGGAUGACACCGAAAAGUGUCAGAGGAAAUAGUGAGAAAUCCAGUGCUUAAUUUCAAAAGAGAGGUGCAAGUGUCUGGCCAACCUCAAGCUGGCUUUUCUGAAUAAGGUUGUUAACCAAACAGGUAAUGGCAGAUAUUCAAGGGAAUCCAAAGCAGCAAUUGAUUUCUGAGCUUCAUAGUAUUGCGGCAGCUGGAGACAAGGCCAAACUUACUGCACUGCUCAGUCAUUCUCCAUCUCUUAUCAAUGAAACUGCUAAGAAUGGUUGGACAGCCUUGAUGUACGCUGCUAGAAAUGGACACUUUGAAAUUGUGCAGGCUCUUCUCGAAAGGGGGUGUGACAAAUCUGUAACCAAUGCUUCAAACCAGACUGCACUGGACAUUGCUAGAUUUUGGGGAUAUAAGAACAUAACUAACUUAUUAGCUAAUGAGAAGGAUGAACUUCAGCCAUUUUUCCUGACUAGUCAAGUCAGAGAACAUGAAAACUAUUUUUCUAGGGCAUUUCUGGAUAGAAAGAGUGAGAAAAGGGUAGAUUCUAAAUGGCUAAACUUGAAACAGAAACAACCAACUACUGUGUACAUCCUCUUUUCAAAUUUAAAUCCACUGGUAACAUCAGAUGAUGGUGAAGAGAGUUUCCACUACCCAAAAGUUAAACUUUGUAAGCUUUGCUACGAGGAUGUAAAGGAAUACCUGGGACAGACUGAAACCACCACAUGGAUUUUUCUUGGAGUAGAACUUCAAGUGAAAAGCAGCUUGCUUCCAGCACUGAAUGUGAAAGAUCCAAAUGAAGAUGAUGGACUGAUUGCUUGGUUUGCUCUCAGUAUAGAUGGUACUGCUGCUGACAAAUUCAUACAACAGCGUCAAGGCUGUUACUUCCUUCAUCCACCAUUUCCUGCACUGCUGCAGUUGUCUGAAAAUGAAGCUGGUGUUAUAGCUGAGGCUAGAUCUGUUCUAGCAUGGGACAGCCGGUAUCAAUUCUGCCCAACGUGUGGCAGUUCAACUAAGUUAGAAGAUGGAGGUUACAGGAAAUCUUGCUUAAAGGAAGACUGUCGCAGCCAUCAGGGAAUUCACAACACAUGCUAUCCAAGAGUUGAUCCUGUAGUGAUAAUGCAAGUUAUUCAUCCAGAUGGUAACCAUUGCCUUCUGGGAAGAAAGAAAAGAUUUCCCCCAGGCAAGUUCUCUUGCCUUGCCGGAUUUGUAGAGCCUGGUGAGACAAUUGAAAAUGCUGUUCGAAGAGAAGUAGAGGAGGAAAGUGGAGUUAAAGUGGGCCACGUUUGGUAUGUCUCUUCUCAACCAUGGCCAAUGCCCUCCUCCCUAAUGAUUGGAUGCAUAGCAGCUGCAGUGUCUACAGAAAUUAAAGUUGACAACAUUGAAAUAGAAGAUGCCCGCUGGUUCAGUAGAGAACAGGUUGUUGACAUUCUCAAUAAAAGGAACCAGAGUGCUUUUGCUGGACCACCACAGCAGACUAUUGCACAUCAGUUGAUGAAACACUGGAUUGGAAUGAGUGCUAAUCUUUAAUUCCAAUGAGUUGAUUGUCUAUUUGCACCAUAGAUGUAGUCACUUAUAUGUUAAAUGUAAUUAAUCAGACCAUUUUUGUGUGUGGCUAUCAUUUUGGACUUUUUAAAUGUUAUUCUUCUAAACAUAUUUGCACAUGUGAGUUUUUCAUAAAUUUCUCCAGGUGUAAUGCUGCCCAGAUUCAAGGAAAAGAACUUUCCCUGUGUGAUUUCCAAUUGCACUAUCACAUCACCUUGGUACAGUUCCUCUUGGUUUUAUUCUUGCCCAGUAUACUCGUAACUGUCUGAUUUAACUUUCUAAGACCAUUGCUUUCUUGCCUCAGAAUGCAUCUUCUCAUUCAGGAUGGCUGCAAAUAAGUGAAUUCAGCCAAAUUCCUCAAAACCUUAGCAAAGGAAAAUACCAACCUGAAAGAAGAGAACUGCACAUAUAAUUGGCACAUAUAUACUUGCAUUUCAGGAGUGGAUUUUUCCUGUGAGAGAAGAAUUGCAAAGAAAAGAUAGCUUAUAAUUCAUCAACUGUCUCCUCUAUCUUCUCUGGUAUUCUAAGUUUUCACAAAACUUCAGUCAUAUGUUGCUGUAAAAGCUACUCUAAAGUGAUUUCUUAUUGGCCAGGUUCCAAUGACACAACAAUCUACCAUGGGUACCAGCCGUAGUGGUUUGUUUUAUCAUCUGAAGCCAGCACAGUUUUUAUAGGGUAGCUUUUUUGGUUUUUUGUUUUGGAUUUUAUUUUUGGUGUUUGGGGGGUUUUUUACGGUUUUUGUGUUGUUGUUUGGUUUUUUGGAUUGUUUUUUUUACAAGCACAUCCUGAGAACACAUGCCUUGUUUUAUGAUUUUUCUUGCCCAUGAUGGGUUGUAUCAUCCAAACCCAGCAGGGCAGUUUUGUCAUGGGUUGUUGCAAUCUCCUUCCAAGGUGCUCAUGAACAGCAAAACUCCCAUUAAUUUUUGUAAUAUCACCAAUGACCGCCCUUCUGCCAGUGCCAAAACAGAACUUGGAAGGGUUACCAUUUGUUCUUCAACCUGUUAUAUUUUUGGUGAUUCAGAACUGAAGUUGGAGUUUUCAUGGGUUUUGAAUAUUUUUUGUUAGUCUUGUGCAAGUGUGCACUUACAGCUGCCACAUACAGUCUCUCUGUGUCAAUUUCCCUUUCUGUUUCAGCAUUCAUAGGGAGGGGAAGGUAAAAUUGAAUAUAGGCUAAUUUGCACACAGUUGUGCAAGGAAUUAAUUUGCCAAGGAACAUAUGCCAAGCUAUUGAUUGAAACAAGGUGGGGAACAAAGAAUAAUAAUGGGGGGAGAAUAAUAUUUCCCACCUGAGAAUGUAAUCCUUUAGAUUUUAACAGCUGAACUGCUAGUUCUCCAUCCCUUCCACCAUCCCAACCCUGAGUCCCCAGCUGCUACAAAAUGGAGAUUUCCAGAUACCCUUUCUUUAAAAGCAGUUUUUGCUUCUUGGCCUCUGGCCUUUUAAUAGCCCUGGCAUUGCAAAGCCAGCCCUUAAGUUUUACACACAUCUACUCAGAAGAAAGUCCCACUGGAUUAAUUGGCCCAUAUUUCUAGCCAUUUCCUUCCCCUUGCCAAUUGGCAGUUGUAUCAUUUUCGCAGCCAAAGCAACUGUCCAUUCAUGUUUUUAUUGUAUUAUUAUUAUUACAAAUGUAUAAGAGGGCAAACAUGGCUGAGUGAACGGUAUACAAUUUUUUAUAUAAAUACAUCAUAAAAUAAAUAAGAUCUGCAUACAAGUGAUUAAAUAUUUGCAAGCUGUCUGUUGUGAUAAUCUGUUAAACAUCUUAUUUUGCCUAGAAUGAUGCUUGGUUCUAGCCUAAGUUGCUUUUUAAAAGUGAUUAGUAUAAAGAAAAGUGUAAUUCUCUUUUCUUCUGUAUCUUUUAAAGUACAUGAAGCAAAAAGGUGGGUGCUGUAGGCUGAUUAAAGGGGACCAGUCCUGAUUCUCCAUGGAAUUAAAUAUACUAAUAAGAUUCUGGGGCUUAAAGGACAAAAAUAGAAAUGAAAAGAAGUAGAGCAGGCCAACAACACUUAACAAGGCUUGUCUAGUCUCUUCUCUUUGAAUGCCAACUUUUGCUUUAGCCUUCUCGGAAAAAUAGAGAAACUUUAUAUAGAAUUUGCACAGGUGAGUUGCUUAACUUUUUUUUUCUGGGGGCAGGAUAUCAUCUAGAUCAUUGCCAUAAAUUUGAUGUGCUUUUUCUCCUUUUCCAAGCAGAAGGAUAAAAUACGCUUGUGCUGUUUUUAAUAAGUAGGUGACAUAGAAAAGGGAAAGAGGAAGAAGAAAAAUGGUUUUUAAAAGUUUUAAGCAAUGUUCCCUGUUUAGUUGAAUGUAUGGCACCUCGUGCAUCUAUAUUGACUUUGCAAACAUAAUAAUUAGCCCAUAGCUCUGUACACCUUGCAUAUCUACUAGGCAUGCUAGCAAGUUAAAGUUGCAUAUACUGAAGGAAAAUGAUAUUUAGCUACUAGCUUCUGUAAUUAAUAUAAUCAUAUUCUUUUGCAUGUUGUUAGCCAAACAUCAGCUAAAACUGAUGCAGUGAGAGAACUUAGCCUUGAUUGUUCCUAUGAAAUUAACAUAUUAUUUACUUUAAUAAGAAACUCUGUGGUUAUUAUUACCCAUUCAUUUGGGAGCAAUUAUUUAUUAUUCUAAAACUGCAGUCCUAUAUAUCUUUAAUUAUGUGAAUAAUUCCUGUUAAAUUCAACUGGGAUUGUAUUUCACAGUACACAUGCAGAGGAUUAUGUAGUACAUCAAAUUCUGUGUAAUAUAUGCCUCAUGUUUUCGCUGUAUUUUGAUUUUACAGCAUCUUGUUUGACUUAAAAUUUUGACAGGUUUUGCAUUUUAAAAAUAUUUUAUCAUACUCAUUUUCUUAGAACAAAAUCUUACUGAUAUCAGUGCAAUAUACUUCUGAAUCAGUGUACCUGCAGUCAUGGGUUUACUUCUUCCCAUGUAUUUUUACUUUGAAGCAUGUAUGUACAUUGACUCUAUGCGAACUGACUUUUAAGUAAAUCAGAUUUACAUUUUGCUAGUCUUAAUGCAUCUUCAGAUGAUUUACCUCUGGAGAAACCUCCAAAUUCAUUUCAGAUUGUGUUUUGGAUGAAACUUGGUGAUUGUUUAUGAAUUAAAAAAUUCAAAAUGAAAAA